AUGUCUGGAAAGCGCGGUCGAGGUUCUACCUCCGGUAACAAGCUCAAGAUGACUCUUGGUCUGCCAGUCGGCGCCGUCAUGAACUGCUGCGACAACUCCGGUGCCCGUAACCUGUACAUCAUCUCCGUCAAGGGUAUCGGUGCGCGCCUCAACCGCCUGCCCGCUGGCGGUGCUGGUGACAUGGUCAUGGCGACCGUCAAGAAGGGAAAGCCCGAGCUGAGGAAGAAGGUCAUGCCCGCCGUCAUUGUCCGCCAGAGCAAGCCAUGGAGGCGAGCAGACGGCAUCUACCUGUACUUCGAGGACAACGCCGGUGUCAUCGUCAACCCCAAGGGUGAGAUGAAGGGCUCUGCCAUCACUGGACCCGUCGCAAAGGAGGCCGCUGAGCUGUGGCCGCGUAUCGCCUCCAACUCCGGUGUCGUCAUGUGA